CGACUCUUUUUAAUCUUUACAGCCAUUGAUGUAGCAAGCCGCUGCCAAAGUACAAACCCAAAGUCCCUCCCUCCCCCGAAAAAAACCUUCGACCACUACUCUCAUUAUCCUCUCAGAUUCUCCGACCUACCCGUCUCUCUCUCUCUCCGCCGUCCGCCAUCGUUUCUUCCGAUUCCCCGCAACGGCGCGUCGGCGCCCCCGUCAAUCGGUCAUCCCUUCCGUUUCCUCAGCUUCAAAUUUGCGGCUUUCCCUCCUACAAAGUCCAGACAACAGAGCAGCAGACUGAAAUUGAACUGGCGAUGGUGAUGAUGAUAUGAUCAUCAGCUGUCUGACUCGUUUUCUGGGGCUUUCCUCCCCUGGAAAUUGUUUUGAGUGAGCAUGCAAGUCUGCAUCUGGACUCCGCAAUCAUAGGUGUUGAGAAAUGGGUCCUCUUAACAUUACUAUACUUCUUCUGUGAGGAGAAUAAGUAAAGAAUUAGUAAGAGGUGAUAUGGCUCGCAAAGGUAGUCAGCAGAAGAAUGGAUUACCCAACCACAAGAAAAAAGUCUCAGACUCAGAGUUAAAAGGACAAGGAAAAGGCAGUCAGGCGAAGGUUUUCCCAGGAGAUGGUCUGAUAAAUGGUGAUCCGCCUACUAUUCCUAGUACUGAUGCUAGUAGGAAAACCGUGCAUGUUGGAGACGAGAACAAAGUCAAGCACCAAAAGUCUGGGAAGUCUCAGUGCAAAGAGAAGCAAGGAGCAGAUGGGGUUCAUAAUGUAGAGGAAUCAAUGUCAUGUGGUAGUAAUUUGAACGAUCCUAUUCAUCCUUCUGUGGAAAGUACUGGGUUGAGAGAAGAACAUGGGCAAGGAACUAGUAGUGCAAGUGGUCCUACCAACUGGAUGAGCAACUCAGGCUACCUAAUGGAUCGGUUUCACCUUAGAAAUUUAAUGGAAAAUGUGAAUGUUUCUGGUGAUGUAGCUUAUAGAAACUUGAGAGCAACAUCUUUGUCCAUGUUGAAUGCAGCAGGUGAAUGGAUUGAGAAGCAGAGGCCAUUGUUUGUUAUCCUCACUUCCAACCUACGGAAUGCUCGUGAUUAUGCUAGACAGAAGUUUGAGCUAGCUUAUCCCUUCGUUUUUAAAUGGCUCGUGCAUCUUGGGAAUAUAGUCCUCUUUCUAUCAAUGGUUUGGUUGGAUUGCACUCUAAGAGGAGUCGAUUCCUUUCUGCGCAUGGGAACAACAUCAUUUUUCUCAGUUAUAUGGUGCAGCAUUCUAUCUAUUGUUGCCAUGGUUGGGCUAUCCAAGUUUCUUAUUAUCCUGGCAAUAGCUGCUGUGGUGGGAGUUUUCAUAGGUUUUACCCUUGGGAUUUUGGUAGUUGCCAUUUCUGCUACUAUUUUCCUAUGGUGUUAUGGAAGCUUUUGGACAACAGCAUGCAUUGCAGUAAUAUCUGGUUUGGCAUUCAUAUCAAGCCAUGAAAGUCUUGCUUUACUAAUCACCACUGUUUACUCGGUGUACAGUGCAUGGGGAUAUGUGGGCUGGCUUGGUUCACUUUUGGCGUUGAAUUUGGCUUUUAUCUCAAGCGACAUUUUGGUUUACUUCCUAAAGAAUAACGUGAACCAGCAUAGAAGGUCUGAUGGGUCAUCUGAGAAUUCAGCAGGACCAGAAGGUCGACCUAACUUCUCAACUGGUGAAUCUUUCCCAAAUGGAUUCCCUGAAUCUAUGCCCGGGGUGCCUUUAGACCGUAGCCCUGGUGUGGCAUCAACCAGUGGGGCUGAUUCAGAGUUGAGUUCGGAAGAUGAGGUUAUCCGGUUGUUGAACUGUACUGAUCACUAUGCAGUGUUGGGCUUGGGCCGCUAUGAGCCUGUAGAUGUUACUUUACUGAAGAGAGAAUAUAGGAAAAAGGCAAUGUUGGUUCAUCCUGACAAGAAUAUGGGCAAUGAUAAGGCAGCAGAGGCCUUUAAAAAACUUCAAAACGCAUAUGAGGUAUUACUUGAUUCCUCAAAGCAAAAAGCAUAUGAUGAUGAGUUGCGGAGGGAAGAAUUGUUAAACUAUUUCCGAAGAUUUCAUAGUAACUCCCAAAAGGAAUGCAAAGAUUUUCAUCCGGCAAAAGAUGGAGAUGGAUGGGUUGAGCAGUCUACACAACCUUUCUUAUUUGGGUUACUCCAGAAGGUGGAACCCCCCUGUGCAUACGUUUGUGCAGAUAGCAAGAUAUACAACGCCACCGAAUGGUAUAGUUGUCAGGGAAUGAGAUGUCCAGUGAACACUCACAAACCUAGUUUCCAUGUGAACACUAGUCUUACUACAUCCAGACACGCCAAUCCCAGCAAGGGCCCGACAAGCUCGUCCCCUAAAGGCGCCCGGGUGCCUCCUCCUCCACAUCGACCAUCGCCGCCUAACAUGGAGGAAACAAUGACGGAGGAAGAGUUCUUCGAGUGGUUUCAGAAUGCUGUGCAGUCUGGGAUGUUCGAAAAUUUCGGCACUUCUGCUGCAGAGACCCCAUCCUCUUCCAAGGCAGCUGGUGGGAGUGGGAGUGGGAGUGGGAGUGGGAGUGGGAGUAAUAGUAAGAGGAAGAAAAGGGGGAAGAAGCAAUGGGUUUUACUGGGGUUUUGCCUUUUUUUCUUCAUUCCUCUCGAAUUAAACUCUUUAAGCUGCCAUGAAUUGCAGAAGCAAGUGCAGGAAGACGGCAGCGUCAUGCCCGAAUUCGGUGAUGACGAAGAAGAAGAGCUAUACGAUUUUCUUAACCUGGAGCUUCAAAGCGAUUUGAAGGACGACCUGAUGCGCCAUUACGAAGUGGUUUAUCUAAUCCAUGAGAAGCAUGCCGAAGAAGUCGAUGCUGUAAAUGAGAAGGUUCAAGAUUUCCUGAGGGAGAAGAAGGGGAAGAUAUGGAGAAUGAAUGACUGGGGGAUGAGAAGGCUGGCAUACAAGAUUCAGAAAGCCAAGAACGCUCACUACAUUCUGAUGAACUUCGAGAUUGAAGCUAGAUGGAUCAAUGAGUUCAAGACCAUGCUAGACCAGGAUGAAAGGGUCAUUCGACACCUUGUGAUCAAGAGAGAUAAAGCUAUCACCGAGGACUGCCCUCCUCCACUUGAGUUCCAUGCCCUUCGCGCUGGUAUGGAUGGUGAUGAUGAUCUAGAUGAAGAGCUUGACGAUGACGAGGAGUGGGAUGAAGAGGAUGAUGAAGAAGAAGGUGAGGUGGAGGAUGAUGAAGAAAUGGAUGAUGAUGGAGUUGUGAUUGUUAACAUUGAUGACGAUGAUGAGGAAGAAGAGAAUGAGAGUGUGAAUUCAACUGGUUCAGGGAACUUGAGGAGAAGGAAUAAGGUGGCUGAUAAAGUGAGAAGGGCAAUCAAGAGCAACGUGAAGGGAUUCCCGCGGCCACAACUCGAUCUAAGCCCGGCCUCAUUCGCCAAAGUCAUCAACGACGCAUUCGGAAAAUCUCUCUCCCCACCGUUCGAUCCUUACGCCAACUCCAUCAACUACCUCAUCGCCUGCUACCUCAUCCCUUACGUCGGUCUCACCGGCUACGUCGGCGCCAACCCCAAACUCCAAGGCCCCGCCUCCAGACAGCUCGUGGCGGGCCUGCUGGCGGUGGAAUCGGGGCAGGACGCGAUCAUCAGGGGUCUGCUGUACGAGCGGGCGCUGGUUAAAGUGCACCCGUACGGGAUCUCGGUGGCGGAGUUCACGAACCGGAUCUCGGUUCUGAGGAACCGGCUCGGCGGCGCGGGCGUGAAGGACGAAGGGCUGGUGGUGCCGAAGGAAUUGGGCGCGGAAAGGAAGGUGAGAGGAAACGUGCUGGCGGGUGACGAGUUUUCGCUGGGAUACGGGAGGACUCCGGAGGAGAUACUGAGGAUUGUUUAUGGCGGCGGGAAUGAGUCUUCGCCUGGUGGGUUUUACCCUAAGGGCGCACAAGGGCGGAUUGCUAGGUCGCAUCUCGCGUAUAUGUAGAAGAUGAAGAAGAACAGAGCGAGUUUUUUAGAGAUAGGUUGCUACUGUAGUUUGUGUUUCUGUAGGUGUUAGUUGCUCUGGUUUUUUUUAGCUGUGGCUGAACUUGUGAUGUGUUUUGGUUUCGUCCAAGUAAUAAGAGUUGGAGUAAUUGUCACCAAAUCAAAAAGAAAACGAGUUGGAGUAAUUGAUCAAAUCACGGUCACUAAAAGAAAAACGAGCUGAGAAUGGGAUGGAAUGCAACGCAAGAGCAAUCGUAUG